UGCGAAAUGAAGGUCCUAACUCUUCUCCUCUUCACUGCCCUGGUGGCAGUGGCUUCCGGCCGCCCCAACGGCGGUUGGUUCGGAAAUUUUGGCGGCAACUGGGCCAGGAGGUUCGGGUGGGGGUCCGGUGACGAUGAAACCGUACAGGAACAGAAGAAUCAGUGGAAUCCAAAUGGCCAUGGUCAGGGUCAGUGGAAUGGCGGACAUGGUCACGGACAAUCUCACGGAAAUAACCAAGGCCUCGGCCAAGGAAACGGACACGAAAACAACCAUCAUGGUCAUCAUGGCAACAAUCAUGGUCACGGUAAUGGUCAUGGUCACGGUGGACACCGCCCUUCACCACCACCAACGGAUCUGCCUGAGCUGAGCACCGAGGAUGAUGUUGUAUCCACCACGGAUGUUACCAAUCCCGCGGAGGAGACCACUCUGGCCCCCGAGGUUCCAGAAGAAUCUACUACCCAGGCACCAGAGGAAAUCACCACUGAAGAAGGUAGCGGUUCUUCGGAAGACACCACCACCUUGGCCCCAGAGGAAUCCACCACACAGGCACCGGAGGAUAGCACCACCGACUCUGAGGACGGUAGCGGUUCUGAAGAUACCACUCAGGCUCCGGAAGAAACCACCACCGAGGAGCCUGAAGAAUCCACCACCGAGGCUCCCGAAGAAUCGACAACCGAGGCUCCCGAAGAAUCCACAAGUGAGGCGCCCGAAGAAUCCACCACAGAGGCUCCCGAAGAAUCCACCAGCGAGGCUCCCGAAGAAUCAACCGAGGCUCCUGUAGAAUCCACAAGUGAGGCACCCGAAGAAUCGACAACCGAGGCGCCUGUAGAAUCCACAAGUGAGGCACCCGAGGAAUCCACUACCGAUUCUUCAGUGGUCUAGGAAGUUAGUUUCCAAGGUCCCUAGUGCAUUUUCUCAAUAAUCGUUAAAAACUUGGCGUUUCCAAGUAACAAGGUUAUUAAACAAAAUAUGGUGCAAAUAUUAAACUGUUAUAGCUAAAUUAUUAACAUGCUCUCACAGAAGAACGUGAAACCAUUUCUAGGAUUAGGAUUGAAACCUCAUGAAGCCACAUCGUGUUAUGUAGUCAUGCAUUCGCCAUUUAGUUUUAUAGUUCCAACAAUCUGAACAAUU